GCAUUACACCCCACAGCCUCCCUCAAAAGGUCGGUUCAGGUGUUUAUGGAUAUAAGACGGCACGUCGUCCUAUCUGCAGUGCUUUCAACAACUAUUACGUUCAUUGUUCUUCCCACUGAGACCGCGCUUUACACAGAUAUUUACUAAACACGAAGCAUUAUCGAAGACACCUUGAAACCAUACCUACUCAGUGUGCUUCGUUACAUGCAUUUCCGUCGUCUUGAGCCCUAGCAACAUAGAAACUAGCAAAGUGCCCACAUCAAGAUAACGGGUUUCGGCAACAUGCUGCUCCGGCUUCUUCUCGUCACUUUUACAUACAGCUUUAGUACUAUACACGCUCACCCGAUCCAAAUUAUUCUGCAACGAGAGCAGGUCAAACGGUCGACCAUCCAAUCACAAAGCCUGUCUGUCGAAGCGAUCGUGGGAGUAAUCGCAGUGGUCGUGGCCAUUUUCGGAAUAGCGCUUCCCUUCAUCUGGCCCCACUUAAGAUCGAGGCUAGAUUCCCGCCGCCAUUCUCGCUCCCGGUACCGCUCCACAACAAACUCGAACGUCCUACUCGCUGAUCACCCAUGGCAGCACGCGAUGCCACGUUCCUCGGUCGAAUCUCAUGCAGCCGCCGGCCUAGGCGAGACUGGAAUCAGCCGACCACAACGCGCGCGAUCCGAUAACUGCGAACAACAGCGUGGGCUGAUACGGCGCACUCUUACGUUUUGAGGGCAUGGAUAUAAUGUAUACAUACUCGGGCAGUUUGGGCCAGUGUCGAACGCAGCUGCUGGUGCAAGCGACAGGUGGACACCAUCUGUAAGGAGGAUUGGCUUGUAUCUCAAGCUACGCGUCAGGCAGUCGCGAGUCACGACUCAUUCGUGCUAUCUUCGUGGACGAUUUUCAGUCUUGAUUACAUUCCUUUGGCUCUGGCACAUAGAGGUUUUCUAUCUCAUUUCAUCUAGUAUCUACCGAAGCAUCGCACCAGUGCAAGCGAGUAAUCUAAAGUCUUCUCACGUUCGAACACGACGAUCUCUUUCAGACGCAGCUCACGAGUGCGAUGACCUGGAUGAGUCUUCGAGACUCGACCUCACGAAGCCUUCUCUCGUCUCUCAGCGAGAGUGUAGAAUAUGCUUCCAUCGUAGAUACCACGGAUAUCUUCCUUCAUCAUUCGGCCGUCCUCAGGCCACAGCAUAAUGUAGGUGGCA